GUUGGUGCGUGGGUGAGUUGCUGUGGCGAUGUCGGGCCGCGGGAAGCAGGGAGGCAAAGCGCGCGCCAAGGCCAAGUCGCGCUCGUCCCGCGCCGGCCUCCAGUUCCCCGUGGGUCGCGUCCACCGCCUGCUGCGCAAGGGCAACUACGCCGAGCGCGUGGGCGCCGGGGCGCCCGUCUACAUGGCGGCGGUGCUGGAGUACCUGACGGCCGAGAUCCUGGAGCUGGCGGGCAACGCCGCCCGCGACAACAAGAAGACGCGCAUCAUCCCGCGCCACUUGCAGCUCGCUAUCCGCAACGACGAGGAGCUCAACAAGCUGCUGGGCAAGGUCACCAUCGCGCAGGGCGGCGUGCUGCCCAACAUCCAGGCCGUGCUGCUGCCCAAGAAGACCGAGAGCCACAAGCCCAAGGGCGCAGCCGGGCGGAGUCCUGCAGGUGCCCGCGCAGGUCCCACCCCAAUCCGGCUUUCUACCUUCGCCGGGAUGACCCGCCGCAGCGCGGAGGGGAGCCCCAACCUCGUCCCGGUUCCGCUUUCUGCACCCCGCCAGGGCGUAGCCCGCGCAGCUUUUGCACGAGGCUCCGCAGAGCCACUUCCCCCAAAGCUCAUCGCGGUGCUCGGCGCUGCACGCGGCGGGGUGCGCGAGCGGAGGCCGCGAGGCAGCAAUGCCCACCAGCCCCUUCCUCGUUAGUAUAGUGGUGAGUAUCCCCGCCUGUCACGCGGGAGACCGGGGUUCGAUUCCCCGACGGGGAGGUCGCGAAGUUUUUUUCCUUUUUUUUUUUUUUUUUUUU